CGCCCGGCUGCCGGGAAGGGAAGUUCGCAGCCGAGCGGCGGGCGCGGAGCGGGGCCCCUAACAUGGCGGAGCAGCCCGGGGCGCCCAGCCCGAGACAGCAGCGCCGGGGGCCGGGGGCCGAGGAGCGGCCGCUGCCGCGCUGAGCCGCCGCCGGGGGAGCGCCCGGCCGCCCGCCGCCAGCAUGGCCCGCUGGAUCCCCACCAAGCGGGAGAAGUACGGGGCCGCAAUCUACAAUUAUGAGGCUGCCCAAGAUGUGGAGCUCUCCUUGCAGGUUGGUGAUACGGUUCACAUUUUGGAGAUGUAUGAAGGUUGGUACAGAGGAUACACCCUCAGGAAUAAAUCGAAAAAGGGCAUCUUCCCCAAAACUUACAUUCAUUUAAAAGAGGCAACUGUGGAAGACAGAGGACAACAUGAAACAGUGAUUCCAAGUGAACUGCCCCUUGUUCAAGAACUCACUUCCACACUGAGGGAGUGGGCAGUUAUCUGGCACAAGCUGUAUGUGGACAACAGGAUGACACAAUUUCGGCAUUUACAGCAAAUGACCUAUUGCCUGAUAGAAUGGAGAUCACAGAUACUCUCUGGGACCCUUCCCAAAGAUGAGUUGGCAGAACUCAAGAAGAAGGUCACUGCUAAAAUUGACUACGGCAACAGGAUUUUAGGGCUGGAUCUAGUGGUGCGAGAUGACAAUGGAAACAUCCUGGACCCGGAUGAAACCAGCACGAUCACUCUCUUUAAGUCCUAUGAGAUGGCAUCCAAAAGGAUCGAUGAAAGGAUCCAAGAGGAGAAGUCUCUGCAACAGAAUAUAGACCUCCGAGGGCAGCCAGUAUUCAACACAACACACACCUACGGCCUGUAUGUGAACUUCAAGAACUUUGUCUGCAACAUUGGAGAAGAUGCAGAGUUGCUCAUGAGCCUCUAUGAUCCCGACCAGUCGAAAUUGAUCAGUGAAAAUUACCUGGUUCGUUGGGGCAGUAAUGGGAUGCCGAAGGAAAUUGAGAAACUUAAUAAUCUCCAAGCCAUCUUUACAGACCUGAGCAGCUCUGACCUGAUCAGGCCCAAAAUCAGCUUGGUGUGUCAAAUUGUGAGAGUGGGGCACAUGGAGCUAAAAGAUGGGAAGAAACACACCGGUGGGCUCCGGAGACCGUUUGGGGUGGCAGUAAUGGACAUUACUGAUAUCAUACAUGGGAAGGUGGAUGAUGAGGAAAAGCAACACUUUAUUCCUUUUCAGCAAAUCGCCAUGGAAACCUACAUUAGGCAGCGACAGCUAAUCAUGUCCCCUCUAAUGACUUCCCAUGUGAUCGGCGAGAAUGAGCCUCUCACUUCCGUCUUCAACAAAGUCAUCGCUGCAAAGGAAGUGAAUCAUAAAGGGCAAGGCCUCUGGGUCUCCCUGAAGCUGUUACCUGGAGACUUAGCCCAGGUUCAGAAGGAUUUUUCUCAUCUUGUCGACAGAUCGACUGCAGUGGCUCGCAAAAUGGGAUUCCCUGAGAUUAUUCUACCUGGUGAUGUUCGAAACGACAUCUACAUCACUCUGAUACAAGGGGAGUUUGACAAAGGGAAGAAGAAGACUCCCAAGAAUGUAGAGGUCACCAUGUCUGUGCAUGAUGAAGAUGGCAACCUCUUGGAGAAAGCUAUCCAUCCAGGUGCGGGUUAUGAAGGGAUCUCCGAAUACAAGUCCGUUGUUUACUAUCAAGUCAAGCAGCCUUGUUGGUAUGAAACUGUAAAGGUGUCUAUUGCAAUUGAAGAGGUCAGUCGUUGCCAUCUGAGGUUUACUUUCCGCCACCGAUCAUCACAGGAAUCCAGGGAUAAAUCGGAGAGAGCUUUCGGGGUGGCCUUUGUGAAACUGAUGAAUGUGGAUGGAACGACUCUGCAGGAUGGCAAACACAAUUUAGUCAUUUACAAGGGCGAUAACAAGAAAAUGGAAGACGCUAAAUUUUACUUAACUCUUCCUGGCACAAAAGUGGAGGAGGAGAGGGACGGUCCCCCAGGCAAAAACCUGCACCACUUGGCCAACUUCACGCCCACUAAAGACAGCACGAAGGACAGCUUCCAGAUUGCCACUCUCAUCUGCUCCACCAAACUGACCCAGAACGUUGACCUGCUGGGUUUGUUGAACUGGCGUUCUAACUCUCAGCACAUAGCGCACAACCUAAAGAAGCUAAUGGACGUGGAAGGAGGAGAAAUAGUAAAGUUUUUACAAGACACACUUGAUGCACUUUUCAACAUAAUGAUGGAGAUGUCAGACAAUGAAACCUAUGACUUCCUUGUGUUCGAUGCACUGGUAUUUAUUAUUUCUCUUAUCGGAGACAUCAAGUUCCAGCAUUUUAACCCUGUACUUGAAACUUAUAUUUACAAGCACUUCAGCACCACCCUGGCUUAUGUGAAACUCACCAGAGUACUGAACUAUUACAUACGAAAUGCAGAUGACUCCAGCAAGACGGAACUGCUGUUCGCUGCCCUGAAAGCCUUGAAGUAUCUGUUCCGAUUCAUUGUCCAGUCACGGGUGCUGUACCUGAGGUUUUAUGGGAAAGACGAAAAUGGGGAUGAGUUUAACAAUGCAAUCCGCAAGUUGUUUUUCUCCUUCAAUGUCCUCAUGGACCGACCGCUAGAGGAGGCUGUCAAGAUUAAGGGCGCAGCUUUAAAAUACUUACCAAGCAUCAUAAAUGACGUCAAACUGGUAUUUGAUCCGGUUGAGCUCAGCAUCCUCCUCAGCAAAUUUAUCCAGAGUAUCCCUGACAACCAAUUAGUUCGGCAGAAACUCAACUGCAUGACCAAGGUAGUGGACAGUGAUCUGUUCAAACAAUCUGAAUGCAGAGAUGCUCUCCUGCCUCUACUAAUAGAUCAGCUAAGUGGCCAACUGGAUGACAAUUCAAACAAGCCUGAUCAUGAGGCCUGCUCUCAGCUCCUCAGUAACAUUCUAGAAGUGCUUGACCGGAAGGAUGUGGGGCCCACUGCAGUUCACAUCCAGCUGAUCAUGGAGCGCCUGCUGAGGAGAAUAAACCGGACGGUGAUUGGAAUGAGCAGACAGUCUCUGCAUAUUGGUAGUUUUGUAGCCUGCAUGACCGCCAUCCUGAGACAGAUGGAUGAUUUCCACUAUAACCACUACAUCAGCACUUUCAAAACCAGACAGGACAUUAUCGACUUCCUGAUGGAAACCUUCAUCAUGUUUAAGGAUCUGAUUGGAAAGAAUGUCUAUGCGAACGACUGGAUGGUGAUGAACAUGAUGCAAAACAGGGUUUUCCUCCGAGCGGUGAACCAAUUUACCUCUGUGCUCAACCGAUUCUUUCUGGAUCAAGCAAGCUUCGAACUUCAGCUCUGGAACAAUUACUUCCACUUGGCAGUAGCUUUUCUCACUCAUGAAUCCCUCCAGCUGGAAAACUUCUCACAGGCCAAACGCAACAAAAUUAUCAAGAAAUAUGGGGACAUGAGGAAAGAGAUUGGCUUCAAAAUAAGGGAUAUGUGGUAUAACCUGGGCCCCCAUAAGAUCAAGUUCAUCCCAUCGAUGGUGGGUCCAAUCCUGGAGGUGACCUUGACACCCGAGUCCGAGCUGCGGAAAGCUGCCAUCCCCAUCUUCUUUGACAUGAUGCAGUGCGAGUUCAACUUCAGUGGGAACAGAAACUUCCAUAUGCUUGAAAACGAAUUGAUAACCAAACUGGACCAGGAAGUGGAAGGGGGCCAAGGGGACGAGCAAUACAAGGCCUUGCUGGAGAAACUCCUUUUGGAGCACUGCCGGAAGCACAAAUACCUGUCGAGUUCUGGAGAAGUGUUUGCUUUGCUGGUCAGCAGCCUGCUUGAAAAUCUCUUGGACUACAGGACCAUCAUGCACGAUGAAAGCAAGGAGAACCGUAUGAGCUGCACUGUCAAUGUGCUGAAUUUUUAUAAGGAGAAGAAACGGGAGGACAUAUACAUCAGGUAUCUGUAUAAACUUCGGGACCUACACAGGGACUGUGAGAACUUCACAGAGGCAGCAUACACUCUGCUUCUCCAUGCAGAACUCCUUAAGUGGUCCGAUAAGCCGUGUGCUCCCCAUCUGCUGCAGAGGGACAGCUACUAUGUUUAUUCACAACAAGAACUCAAGGAGAAACUCUACCAAGAAAUCAUCUCUUUCUUCGACAAGGGCAAAAUGUGGGAGAAAGCAAUCCAGCUAAGCAAAGAGUUGGCUGACAUGUACGAGAACAAAGUCUUUGAUUACGAGGGGCUUAGUAAUCUUUUGAAAAAACGAGCCACGUUUUAUGAGAAUAUUAUGAAGGCAAUGAGACCUCAGCCGGAAUAUUUUGCUGUUGGGUAUUAUGGGAUGGGUUUCCCCUCAUUCCUCCGGAAUAAAAUCUUUAUCUACCGUGGCAAGGAGUAUGAACGGAGGGAAGACUUCAACCUGAAAUUGCUGACCCAGUUUCCAAACGCCGAGAAGAUGACCAGCACGACACCUCCAGGAGAGGAGAUCAAAUCUUCCCCUAAACAGUAUGUGCAGUGCUUUAUAGUGAAGCCUGUGAUGAACCUGCCACCCAACUAUAAAGACAAGCCUGUUCCGGAGCAGAUCUUAAACUACUACAGAGCCAAUGAGGUGCAGCAGUUCACAUAUUCCCGGCCGUUUAGGAAAGGAGAAAAAGAUCCGGAGAAUGAAUUUGCGACCAUGUGGAUUGAAAGAACGACCUACACAACCGCCUACACUUUCCCAGGCAUCCUCAAGUGGUUUGAAGCCAAACAGAUUACGACGGAGGAGAUCAGUCCUUUGAAGAAUGCCAUCGAAACCAUGGAGCUAACCAAUGAGAAAAUCAGCAACAGCGUCCAACAGCAUGCUUGGGAUCGCGCCCUGCCUCUGCACCCGCUCUCCAUGCUGCUGAACGGCAUUGUGGACCCUGCGGUCAUGGGGGGAUACACCAACUACGAAAAGGCCUUUUUCACGGAGAAGUAUAUCCAAGAACAUCCUGAAGACCAAGAUAAAAUUGAACUACUUAAGCAAUUAAUUGCCUUACAGAUGCCUUUGCUGGCGGAAGGGAUUAGGAUUCAUGGUGAGAAACUGACUGAGCAGCUGAAGCCCCUGCAUGACAGACUGAAAACCUGCUUCAAAGAGCUGAAGAAGAAAGUAGAGAAGCUCUAUGGUGUGAUAACUCUGCCUUCCUCCCUGACGGAGAGGAAGCAGAGCAGGUCAGGCUCUGUGGUAUUACCCUACAUCAUGUCUUCCACGCUGAGACGGCUGUCUGUCACCUCUGUGGUAUCUACGUCCUCCACCUCAUCUGACAGCACCUCCUCCAGGCCAGGAUCUGAUGGAUCCAUUCUUGAGCCUCUCUUGGAGAGAAGGCUGUCGACGGCUUCCAAGGCUGAAGAGCUGCCUGUCAAGGAAGACGCCGAUAACCGGAUUAACAAAUUCAGGCGGAAGGACCGGAGUAUUAGCAAGUCUCAGGUUAUUGUGGAGAAGGAGCCAGAAGCUGAACUGACUUCCAAAACGAGCACAUCAGAAAAAGCACAGAGGCCAAAGAGUCUUCAGUUAGGAGACGGCAGACUGACACUGCAUCAGGCUUCCUCACUCCAGCAGUCAACCCCACUCAGCCCGCCCCCCAUCACUCCGAAAACCCCAAGAAUUCACAGUUUUCCCUCAUUGCAGGCAGAUGGAUUGGCAACUGCUAACUUCCAGAGCACCCCACCUCCGCCUCCACCCAAGAGCAAACCCUAUGAGAAUAGCAACUCAAGGAACUCUUUGGAGGUUGCCCCACCACUGCCCAGCAGACGUGAAGUCAAACCUCCCCCUCCGCCUCCGAAAGCAAGAAAAUCCAGCGUCGUCUCUUCGGAGCAGGGAUUGCAAUAAGGAUUCCCUCUGCGUACCCUCUAACGCCUUGAGUGAAAUGCGCUGCUUUUCUUUUUCUGACACUCUGGGUCUUUCCAGCACUAAAGACUGGUGAGCCCAUCUUCCAUUCCUUUCCCUGGGAGCUUUCCCCAGGUAAUUCCAAAAUAAGCCACUUGAACUGUAUUUACUUUGCAUUCCCAACCCUCUGAUUUUCCUUGCACACAUUAAGCCACUAAGCCCUAUGGGGAACCCUGUGAGCUUUAAAAUGGAGGCAGUGUUACCAGAAAUCUGAGACUCGUACCCCAAAAGGGCUUGUCUGUACUGGUGGUGGUUCCACAAGUGUAACUGCAUCAGUGCAAACCCCUUGUGCAGAGUUGCCACACUGGUGUAAAAAAGGAUUUGCGGCAGCACUUAAACCGAGGUCAGCUAUGUCAAUGCAAAACACUUCUUAUACUGCCCUAGCGUGAUUGCAUUACAGGUUUAUACCUAUGCAGCUGCACCAGUGGGGCGGAGGGUCAAGUGGGAGUAAGAGUGCCCUGAUUUGCAUGGAAUGACCAGAUUACAGUCAUUCCCAUCUGUGAAAUGCAGCACCGGAAGACGACAGGUCCUAACAUGUGAUGUUCUGCCUCAAUUCAAGCGGCCUCAUGAGGUUCUGAUUGUGUCCUGAGACCUGCUGGGAGCAAAAAUGAACAUCACCUGCAGGACCCCAACAUCUCUGCUGGUCACCCCGUGUAUUAAAGAUGAAGGCAGGUUGCUCACACUUGGGCCAACAAUGGUGGUAGCUCACUCCCAAUGGAGAGUUUGGGUUCACCAACACUGCCUCAGACCUUUGCUUUUGGUUCUUGUUUGAAUACCGCAAAGCAGUUGAUGCUCUGUUUGUGUUGUCCCACCUGCUCAGCCUGUGUGCCCACGGGACACAAUACACUACGACACCCCUUUUUAUUUUUUAUUUUUUUUAAUUAUUGAACAAUGGUGCAAAAAAGUCCUCUCUCCUGUGGUACUCGUUGCGUUAGCAUUAACAGGUUGCAGUUAUCAGUAUGGGCAGCUCAUCAAGGUUAUGCCUCCAUUGUGAGGAAAGACCCACGCUGGCCCGGGUCAGCUGACUGAAGCUCGCGGGGCUAUAAGAUAACAGUACAGAGGUUCAGGCUGGGGCUGGAGCCGGGCCUCUGGGGGACCCCACGAGUGGGGAGGGUCUCGGAGCCCAGGCUCCCAAGCAUCUACACUGUUGACGUUAGCAACUGUGAAAAAUCAGGAUACUUUUUUUUCGGGGAUGGGGGUGUGGGGUUAGUUGCGUAUAUAAGACAAAGUCCCUGAUAUCAGGACGUUUGGUCACCCUAGUUGACGUAGGCUCUGAGACUUGGUUUUUAUCACAGUAUAGAUGUACGUGUGAAUCUCGUAAACCAAGCUCAAUAACCAUUAGCUUUUCAAAUCCCAGUUGAAGUCUUGGCCAACAACCUUCCAAUCCACGCGCUCACAAACUCACCCCCUCUUACUGCACCCUGUUGUUGCAACUCUUCUUGUGCCUUUUGUCUGGGAGCUUCCAUUGUGUUCUGCACACAAAACGCAUGGCCUAACUUUUAACGAUCACUAAACUCAUAUGAGUUGCACCUAGGCCUGAGAGGGACAUGAAAGACUGGGCCGUUCACCUUGAAGUUUCUGGUUUCUUGGGUUGCUCCAGUUCCUUGUGGGCUGUGUUUGGUGAAUUUGACAAUUAUGCUGUUUAGGGAUAUUUUAUGGAAUCGGUUCUAAUUCUUCUCUCUUAAUUAGUUAUUCCUUUCUUUUGUUGUUUUCAGUGUGUGGCAGCAGCAUUCUGUUUAAUAAGUUUUCACUGCCUGAUGGUCUAAAUUUUCCCUUCUAUAACUUCAUUCCAUUACUCUUAUUUAUACUACCACUUGCCACCCUAAAUAAUUCCUUUCUCUGCUUGGUGUUAACAUCCUUCAAACGCAUGUAGACCAGCUUUGCGGUCCUUCCCUCAGGGCGUGAUCCAGAGACCACUGGAGUCAAUAGGCAUCUUUCCAUGGAAUUUGGCGGGCUUUGGAUCAGGCCCUUAGUCAUCACUCGUCCCAAUAGAUAGGUCAUUAUCAUAACUCUUGUAAUCUUGUUUCAUAAAUCAAUCCCUCCAGCACCUUGCUCAUUUUCAUCGCUCGGAACUCUGUCCAUAUUUUUCUGGUCACAUGGUGAUCUGAAUAGCUGAGGUCAAUUUUAAAAUGUGUGCUUGUUCUUUUUAGCUCUGCAAAACAAAUGAAAGAACUAGGGGGACUAUAUUCUGCAUUCCCUUUCUCUGUCUCGGUUUGUAUAUUAUGAUCAUCACCAAAAUAGCUUAUGUCUACACUACAAUAAAAAGUCCAUGGCACCGAGACUCAAAACCCGGGUCAGUUGACAUGACCUCCCAGGACUUGGGCUGCAGAGCUAAAAAUAUCAUUGCAGACAUUUGGGCUGGGAAUGUAGCCCGAGCCUGGACUUUGAGGUCCUCCCCAUUGUGGAGUCUCAAAUCCUGGACUCCAGAUCGAGCCCAGUCAUCUACACUGCUAUUUUAUAGCCCCACAGCUCGAUCCCAAGUAAACGGAUGCAGCCAUGCCCUGAGUCUUUAUUGUAAUGUAAAGAUACCCUGUGUGACUGGAUUAAAAACCCUUCUGCUAAAUUCUGAUUGCUGAAUCCUUAUGCCUCUAGUGAUGAUUUUGGUUCAGCCCUGUCGUAGCAAUGGAUCCACCUGCAAAUGUGGUGGCAAUUCAGAUCUGGAGUCAAACUUUGCAAGUGGAGCAGAGCUUUGGUUCAGGACCAUCUCUAAUUAGAAGGCCAGAUCCUCCGGUGGUUUAAAUCAUAUAGAGCCACUGAAAACACUGCGGAGGAUGUGGCCUGCAAUAUUCAAAACAUUUAUCAUAUUUUUAACAUGGGCCAUUUCAACAUAAUUUCUCUUGCUAUUGCUAUACAAACUAGUUUCAUUACCUCAUUGAAAAACAAAAGGCCUUUAAGCCCAAGUAGAGCGCUGUCCAAUAGUAUAGCAAUCUUAUUGUAAUGAUUUUUAUUCAGACUGGAACUAUCUGAUCUUUUGUAAUAUGUUUCUUUGGAUGAAAACAGAAACCUGCAGAAGCUGCAUUCACUGUGCUGCUCGCAUGGCUCCAUAAACAUAUUGCAUUCAUUAAAGGCUCAUAUCAGAUUCACAUCACAAAAUAAGUUGGAGACAUUUUAGAAGUCACUCUGUAGUCACAUCACAUAUGCCUACAGCUGUGUUUGCUAUAGCGCACACACAACUGUCUUUUGGGCAGCUGCCGUCUCCAGGGAAGGCUUUGAAAACCUUUCUGAACAUCUUGACCAUAUUCUGCCUCCAAUCCCCAGGGUAUCAUAGAGAUUGUCAGUUCCACAUUACAGUCUUGGACUCAGACAUUGCUUGACUUGAAAACCUCAGGGUUUUCUUUUUUUGUCCCUCCCCCCCCUUUUCCUGCCAUCCCUGAUGCACGGGCACACACAAUCCUGAAAUUCUUACUCAACUCUCACUGAAGUCCAUGAGAAUUUUGUCUGAGUGAGGACUGUAGGGUCUGGUACAAGUAAAUAGUGUGCGUGCAUAUUUCACCUUGUCUUAAUUGUCACUUUUCCAGUCCUCCACUGAUCAGUCUGUAUCAGCCACAUAUUUACUUAAUUUCCUUGCAAAAGAGGGAAUAUUCCGAGCACAAAAUGGAUGUCAUGGUAAAUUUCCCCUUGCUCUUUAUAUCAGGCGGAAAGCAUGAAUGUUUGCAAGAACUACAGCAAGUGGCUUUUUCCACCAUAAGUAAGAAAGCUAGGCAGGGAUAUUGCAGUACUGUCUGGUUCAUCUCUAGUUUUAUUUCUCUGUGUUUUGAUCUACUCCAUUAGCCUGGUAUAUUUUGGAUGCUUGCCAACUGUAUGUAAGAGGAGAAAUGGGCCUGAUCAAAAAGCCCAGAUUUGAACAAUCCUCAAAUUUGGAAAGAACUUUACAGCCUUAACUCUCGAAUGAGCCAAACUCAAAACCUCAAUGCAGACACCCCCGAACUUUGGAUCCAAAUCUGACCUCUAGCAACAUUUCCUCCUUACACCUCUGUUUUAAAUUCCUGUUCUUUCCCAUUUUUCAGCCUUGUUAUGGAGAGGAUUGAUGGACAAAGUACCUGGUAUGUAAGGAGUUAAAACUCUGCCGUCCAGAGAUAGCGGCUAACCCUUAGGAUUGUCAGCAGUUACUUUCCCUCCUGCUUGUAAUUCAACAGCACUAACACCCGAGUUACCAAGCAGCUAAACAAAUCACCUAAGGCUAACACAGACAGGAGAGCUGUAGGAAGCUCUGUCUAUUGACUCUGAACUUCAAGAAGCUUCAAGCUUUUUUUUUUUUUUUUUUGUGGAGUUGUGGCUGAUUCUUGUCGCAUUUUGAUUCUUGGCCUUCAUUAUGGGUUGAGCUCUUAAACAGGUUGUUCCCUGGCACCAACUUGCCUGACAAGUUCCUUAUGGUUUGCCUUGAUGUGUUGGCUGUACAAUUCAGGCUUUUCUUCUUGAUGGCCUGUUAUUUGGCCAGUUUGAGAUUAUUAGAGUUUAGACCUCACUUCUAUAGGAGGAGGAUAGGGCAGCUGGUGCAUGUGGAGGAUUUGAGAGGUACUGUGUUUUUCCUUCAUCUUUAAGCUCUCACUUGAGGAUGGGGGCCAAUAGUUGAGGGAGGUUUUUUUUUGCUAUGUCUUCAAUCUGUCUCUAACUUGUGUUAGCCUCUCCUACUCCCUUUCUUCUCAUUGGGUGGAAAACAUGCUCAUGAAUGGAAGUUGGUUUCCUUAGAUGUGUAUUGCUGACAGGGCUCAAGGGGUCAGAUCCUCAGCUGGUAUAAUUCAGAUUGUCUCUAUUGAAGACAAGGGGCAAAAUUUUCAAGUAUCAAAGUGAUUUAGGAGCCUUGUUCCCAUUUUCAGAAGAGACACAGGUGCUUAACUGCCAGAUUUUUAAAGGUAUUUAGGCAUCUAAGGAUUAAAUGUGUGGGAGCUUGGCACUUCUGAAAAUCCCACUAGAUACCUAUCUGCAUCAUUAGGCUCCUAAAUAGCUUUGAAAAUCUGGCCCUCAGAAACUUAAGUUUCAUGGAAAGUAAAUUGGACUUGGGCACCUAAAUCCAUUUUGAAAAGGGGAGUUAGGCUUCUAAAUUCUUGGAAUGCUUUUGAAAAUUUUACCCAGUCUCUCCCAAGGAUGACAAAAAAACAAGCUCCACCAUGAUAUAAUCAGUCCAUGGCAGAAAUGAAAGCUUACUUCUGUGUUAACCAUAACUUUUUUUUUUUUAAACAAACAACCCUAGAAACCAAAAAUCCAGUCUGCAUUGAGAUAUAUACGUAAUCCCACUUCCUAGCUAUGCUGUUCAAAACGAGUGUUAUGUUUCUAGUCCCAGAACCUUUUAAAUCACGAUUGGCGGUUUUCCUAAAAGAUGUGCUUUAGUUCGGACAAGAAUUGUUUUAGGGGAGUUACCUGGCGUGCAUUAUACAAGAGGUCUGACUAGAUGAUCACAAUGGUCCCUUCUGGCCUUGGAAUCUGCUAGUCUAUUCACAUGUUUUUUUACUGAGAAAUUUGUGUGACCCUUGCUUUUUGGGUGCUUUUACUUUAAAGUUGUAAUGCCAGGAUAAAUUUGAUUUAAAAUAUUACAGGUUCUUAUCCAUGCCUGGGGGGAAAAAUGGGCACUUUUCCCUUUCAGUGGGUUAUUAGAGUAGGAAAGGAGGUUGACUCAAGUGAAAACUGUUCUGGGUGCAGCAGUGGCAAACAAUCAAGCUGUGCCUAUUGAGGAGGAAUUGAAAAUUUGCAUCUAAUAAACUUUCCUCCUUGUGUCAGCCAGCAUACCUUCCACAAAUGAACCGCGAGUUAGACUUGUAGUGAUAAUGCAGGAUUCGUUGCUCCAGACUUAUUUAUUUUUAUAAUUGUAAAUGGAAAUAUUAAAAAGACUAAUAUGUCUGUAAUUUAACUGUAAUUUUUUUUGGGGGGGAGGGGGUAGUGAAAACAUUCCUGAAUACGGCAGGUUCCCUGUUUCAAUCUCAGCUGUUUGUUAGAAGCUGUUCUAUCAUAUAUAUAUAUAUCUCGCUGUUUUCAUUUCCAGCAACAGCUAUAGACCAAACUAUGUAACUGCCCUGCAAGAAGGUCCCUCUAAGAUUCUAGGGAAACCUGAAAACACCUGAGUAAUGUGGUCAAACUUAUCUCCUGACAUUAAAGGGAGUGACUUUCAAAUGCACACGCCCAGUGUUGGCCUACCUCGGGCCCGGUCUACACUACACACUUCAGCGUAACUACGUCGCUCAGGCGUGUGAAAAAUCCACAUCCCUGAGUGAUGAAGUUAUAUGGACCAUAUAGACAGCACUAUGUCAGCUGGGGAGUUUCUCCUGCCAACGUAGCUACCCCCUCUGGCAGAGGUGGAGUAACUAAGCUGAUGUGUGAGCUCGCUCUCCUCUUGGCUUAGAAUAUCUUCACCGUGCCACGGAGGUGUAGCUGCACUGUUUGUAGUAUAGACUUGCCUUCAGCUUCCAUUGUGUCCAACUAGCAUAAUAUCCAAAUGAGAACUGAGUUAAGAUCAUAAUGCCACAUACUGUUAACGUAUACAGAUGAUAUUGGCCUGAUCUGUCUCCCUGUAUGUGUUAAUUGAUGACAUUGCUAUUAUGACCAUUUAAUACCAGCAGUAGGGGAUAUGUUCCUCUUGAAUGCCAGGGAAACUUACUUUUAUAUUACGACAGAGCUUCCUUUCUCACAUGACCAGGUUGAUUCCUUGGAGGUACUUGACUUGAUUAUUUAAGUUUUUAAAACCACUGUUGGCUGCAAGUAGCUUCAUAUCCCCCAGCAGCUGACUCACGGAUACACACAGCUCUUCAACUGGUUCUGAAGACAGGGCCAGAGCCAAGCUUUGGAAAAGGGAUUCUGUGCCUCUGAUUAAAUAGCAUAUUAUUUACUGAGACUGUAAAACAAGGUGUACAGAUGUACGUGUUUGGAAAACAGUGUCUUUACUGUUGUAAAGUUUGUAAAUAUUUUUUUAAAUAAAUGUAGAUUGAGCAAACGGGGGAAAAAACACCCUCAAUGUCUUUCAUGCAUGGACUCUUGAAAUGCAAGUGAAAUUGUGUGUUUAAGAGUAGGUAAUUUAUAUGUAUUACACUAACGUUCAGAGGCCCCAACAAACAUAACGGGCCCAUUUUGCUAGACACUGUACACAUGAAAAGUCACACAGCUAGUCAAUGGCAAGUAGAAUCCAAGUCUCUUGAAGCCUGGUCUCUUGCCCCAAGUGGUCAUUUAUCUUAUCCAAGAGAUAAUACUCUAUCCAAAAAUUUUUUUCCAACAUCUCUGUGAUUUUUGUAUUUGAACAUUUAUGCACAUAACAUUAAUCUAAACAGAGGUCAGACCUUCAAGUUAAAUCAUUGCUUUGAAAUGUUACAGUAACAGGUCCUUUAUUCCAUUUGCCUUCAUGAAUUCAGAUCUUCUUUCGCUUCGCCUCUUCUUCAAUCAGACCGGCCUGUAACAUACAUUGUAUAGUUUGAUUUUUUUUUU